CUCCCCAGCCGUCUCCAAACGCGCUAAGACGCGCCAAUCAAUCCUAUUGGCCGGAAAUAUGAAUCAUCUAGUGGGGAAUGACGAACGAGAUCACGACUCCGAGGGGUCUAUAUAAAGUCCAGAUGUGGAGAACAUCAAUCCAAAAUCUACGAGGCAUCACAGAUCACAACACGCGCGAUUAGGUGAAGUUAACAAUGGAGAGGUCCGUCAGAUCCGUGCUGGUGUUCGUGGCUGUUUCCAUCCUCGUCUCCAGCCAUCCGACAGACGCCUGGUACAAGCAGUCCACCGGCCCGAGCUACUACUCCGUCGGGAGAGCCUCGGGUCUGCUGUCCGGGAUCCGGAGGUCACCGUAUAUGCGCAGAUCUGAGACAGAAUCAGCGCAGGACAGCAGCGAGACACCCGGAGAAUCCAACAGCGUGACGCCCGACUUCAGCAGCAGACAAACACCUGUCCUCAAAAACAUGGACAUUUGCGUAAAGGACAUUUCUCCAAACCUACAAAGCUGCGAGCUGCUUCAGGACGGUUCGAGCACAUUUCGGUGCAAAGCAGACGUGUUUCUGUCGCUCGAUUCGCUGGACUGCUUCUCCUCCUGAGCUGAAACCGUCUCUCUCUUUCUCUCUCUCUCUCUGUCUCUCUCCAGACCCGAACAUCUCUUCAGUUUCAGGAGUAUUCACAGCCGAGGCGCGCUGCUGACGGUGAAUGUUUACUAGAUUUACAUCCGGGAUGUUCAGCGCUGCUCUUAAAGAUAUGCUUCUCUGCAAAGUUUAGUUCUGUAUCAAUAAUAACCAAUUUCAUUAUGAGUGAUUUUGUAAAUACAUCCAACUUAUUAACGUCUGUGAAUGUGUGAGACUUUCUAUUAAUUAGUCGCUGUAAAGGUAAAUACCAGGAACGGGAAGAAUAAAAAAAAUGCUGUAAACAGGAAAAUGUUUUGCGAUACAAACCCAUAUGUUUAUAAUUACAAUAUAUUGCAUUAAAAAUAUGAUAAGAAAUGCAAGUUAAGCAUCAUAAGUUGUUGUACCGUUCAAAAAUAACCGGAAAUUGCCACGCCCACUCUUACGUAGGAUAUAAAUAAGUUGGACAUGGUUUUGAUAUAUACAAAAACUCAAGAGAAAUUGGGCAUCGCGACAUUAAAUUUUGCAGUUAAGAGAUUGGUAAAAGUUUAGUAUAUUGGAAAUGCCCGAUAAGAGAAGUCAAACCGGAUUCAAGUCACUUCCAGUGUGAACACGAUUAGUUUCAGCUAUAUUUUGCAGGAAAACAAACCUCAGAGAGCUGUUUUGAGCAACCCUGGAUCACACAAUGUGGAGUUUGCAGCUUUAAAUUUAUAAGUGGAAAAAUAGAAAAUCCACAGAAACAAAAUGGUGGUAUUUUCAGUUCUCUUCUAUGCGCGCCUGUGUCCUGUACCUACUUUCAGAUGUAUUAAAUGUUCAUAAAAAGAGCUCACUGUUAUGAGCAAAAACUUUCGAA